CUUUCAAUAACUUCCCAAAAUUGCAGAACUACAUACAACAGGCUCUGAAAAUUAUUUCUGACGUUAAAGCAGCUGCAGGACUCGGAGCUUCACUUGAGUUUGCUCUGAACUCACCGAGGUGGUUUUGAUUCUUCUUUCUGGUUGCUGAGGUUCGUCAUCAUGCUCCAUCGUUGUUUUCUCACGAUCGGAGCUCUACUCUCAUUGGCCACACACCUGCUGGUCGCCAUGGAGUCCUGCCCGGCAACAGGGAUGCCUGGGAUGCCAGGUAUUCCUGGGCUGCCUGGCAAAGACGGUCGUGACGGAGAGAAAGGACAGAAAGGACUGCCAGGAGCAGCCUGGCAGGGCGGCCUCGGCCCUCAGAAGGGAGAGAAGGGGGAGCCGGGCCAGUUGGGGUUUCCUGGAAAACGAGGACAGAGCGGUGAACCGGGAAAACCUGGGAUCCCAGGAAUUGCUGGACCUCCAGGGGCACCGGGAGAACCAGGGGCUGCUGGAGUCCAGCAGCAGGCGGCCUUCAGCGUGGCCAGAGGAACCAACGAAUAUCCUGAGAAAGCCAGCAUCAUUCGGUUCACCAAAGUCAUCACCAACAUCAAUGAUGACUACGACACCAGUACAGGACGCUUCAGGUGUCGGGUCCCGGGAACGUACUACUUUGUGUACCACGCCUCUUUAGAUGAACGACUGUGUGUGCUGAUGAAGCUGGGAGAAACCCUGCUGGCGUCGUUCUGCGAUCAUCGCCGCGUCAGGAGACAGGUGACUUCGGGCAGCUUGGCGGUCUACCUGUCCAGGGAUCAGGAGGUUUGGCUGGAAACUAAAGACUACAGAGGGAUGAGAGGAACACCGGCCGGUUACAGCACGUUCUCCGGCUUCCUGCUGCACCCUCACUGAUCUAAUGGACGGGGGAAAACACAAAACUGCCUUUUUCCUAAUUUUUCCUAAACAGUUUUACAUCAACUCCCAAGUCUUCCCUUCCUUCACGCUCACAUUAAAAGCAUUUGAUGCAAUGAAUUGAUCUUCUCUGUCAGUAAGCUGAUAAUUUGAACUGGAAAACCAAAGAAACACAAAUAAACAGCUGAAAAAAACACA